CCAGCAUUCCGGGCUCUUAGCUGGUCGGCGGCGCUGUCCCCCCCCCCGCGAGACGCUCAUAGGCACGCGCCCGCAAAGGGCACCUCCGCACCCGAAUGACGAUGACGCGGCGCUUCGCCGCCCUGAUGCUCCUGCUGGCGCCCGCCGCGGCCGACGGCAGGGGCGCGCCGUCCUUCGCGCAGGAGACCCCUUCGUCAGGAUCGAGGUUCGCGGCGUCGGAGGAGCACAACAAGCAUGCUGAUGGAGGCCCGCGCCGACAAGAUCUUGGGCGAGCUGAGGGCCGCGGAGGGAGCCGUGGCGAAGGAGUUGAAGGGCCAUCCUGCGCUGCUGCGACAGGAGGAGGCCCUGCUGCAUCAGGCGGCCGCAAGAGCCGGGGAGGCCCGCAGGGCAUUCUACGGCGAGGCAAACAUCGAGAAGAAGAGCUCCGCUCUGCUCGCCGAGGAGCGCAAGGCGACCUCCGAGGAGGGAUCCGGCAGCCACGCAGCGGCUCAGGCCGCGCAGGGCGCGCUGCUGGGGCUCGCCUCUGGCCUGGAGAGCGUGGCCCGCGACGACCGCAGCGUGCUGGCGCACUCGGGCGAGGUCGCGAAGGCCACGAGGCGGAUUCUGGGCGACUCCGUCACCAGCCGCAGGGUCCAGGCGCUCAUGAGCAGGGCCGAGGGCUACGAGCGGAGCGUCAUGUCCAGCGAUGAGCACGCGGCCAAGGAGGCGCGGAGGGAGGCCAGGAGGCUCCGGAACUUGCCAGGGCGCGCGGCUUCGGGGGCGGUGAAGCUCCACGGGGAGGCAACGACUCCGGAGGGCUUCAGGGUGGGAAGCGACGAGGACAUCCAGAACGAGGUCAACAAGAUGAUGUCGGAGGCGGAGGCCAUGCAGGCGCGCAAGAAGGCCUUCGAGGCUGUCCACGGCCUGGGAACGUUCAAGACUCCCAGCGCCAUGGCCCAGGCCACGCAGACGCGCCACGGCUCCCAGGACGGCCACAAGCUCUCGAUGUCGCUGGCCAAGAAGGGGGCGGAGGCCAAUCAGGCCGGGUCUGCCUCCGAUCUGCGCAGCGGGGCGGACAGGCACUUGCACGAGGAGGAGGCUCGCCGGCACCGCGUGGCGCUCCGCGAGAGGGCGGAGGCGUCCAAGUCCCGCUCCGAGGCGGAGCAGCUCGGGCUGCAGAAGCGGCGGGGGCAGAAGCACCGCGUGCACGGCACCCGCGACGACCACGCCGGGGCCCAGGACGGUGCGAAGAGCUACGAGGAGCUCAGCGUGGAGCGCAGGCGCCAGGCGAGGCUUUCCAUCGAGAAGGCGAAACGCGAGCACGCCGCGAGGCAGCGUGGCCAGGGCAGCGCGGAGGCCUCCGCGCAGUCCCGCGACCGCCGCCUGAUCCAGGAGCUCAACGCUGUGCGCCGCGACCUGGUGCACUCGCUGCAGGACGGCACCGAGGUGGACGACGGCGCCGCGCGCACGGAGAACAGCCUCAUCCGUGAGGCGGAGCGGGUGCUCGAGGAGGCGCGCGCGGCGCGCCAGCGGGGCCUGCCAGUGGCGCUGCAGCGCGGCAGCCGCGCCCAUGGGGCCUCCGCGGCCUCGGCGGCCGAGCUGGCCAGCCGCGGGGCGGCGAUGGCGAUGCACGCGUCGAGGGCCGCGGAGAAGGAGGCGCGGUCGGAGGCCGAGAUCCUGCGCGAGACCAGGUAUGCGGAGGCCCAGAUCGGGAAGCUGCUCCGCGCGGAGGGCGCCGAGGGGGUCCGCGCGGAGGUGAUGAAGGACCUGGAGAAGGCGCGGCAGGCCGAGAAGCAGACCAUCAAGGCCCAGAGCAAGGAGGCCGCACACUCGUGGCGGGCGGCGCAACGCAUGGCGAAGCAGGCCCGCGGCCUCGCGGGCAAGGCCUGAGGAGCGGCCCGCCAGAUCGAGGCGUGCUGGUGACAGGGCGCGCCCGCAGGACGAGAGAGAGAGAGAGAGAGAGAGCGACAGGCG